UGCAACUGCAAGCUUUAAGGUAGUGGGUGGUCGGCCGGAGAGAGAUCAAUAAGAUCAAGAGGAGGCGAUAGAAGAAGAAGGAAUAUAAUUGAAGAAGGAAGAUGCAGGCGGUGAAGGAGAAGGUGAAGGACACGGUGAGCGCGGCGAAGGCCAAGGCCAAGGAGAAGCAGGCCAAGGCGGAGGAGAAGGCCGAGGUGGCGACGGCGAGGUCCCGGGCGGAGGAGGAGCUGGCGCACGAGCGCGGCAAGGCCAGGGUGGCGGCCGCCAAGAUGGAGCUGCACCAGGAGAAGGCCCUCCACCGCGAGGAGGCCAUCCAGCACAGGCUCCGCAAGCACCACGGCGUCGGUCAUCAUCAUGGCAUGCCCGGAACUACUACUACUGCUCCGGCUGCCGGGACGACGGCGGCCACCACCACCGUGCCGCCGCCGGCUGGGGCGCCGCUGCACCACCACCCGGCUCCGGCCAAGCACUACUACUAACUGUAGCUGCUACUAGUCAGCAAUAAUUCGCUUACUAGCGUUUCGUUUUUUUUUAAAAAAAAAUAAACCACUGUUAGUCUGUUGGUGUGUGCGCGUGAGUAGUGAUGAUCAUCUGGUGAUGUGCAGUAGCUAGUGUUGCUUUCCUUGGCUGCUUAGUGAUGUGGAGAUCCACCAGCUUCAUCUGUCAUGAACAUGAUGCAUUCACCAUGCAUCAUCAGAAACUGCAUACAGAGAGAGAUGCUUGCUUGUAUUAUACUAGUAUGAAUAAUUCCUCAAAAAGCUAAAGCUGCCUGUGAUUCUUCUUCUUCUUUUUUUUAGAUGAGAGGAGCUGUGCCUGUGAUUAUGCGAGAGCAAACUAACUAGUAUUCAAGUUGUCCGCUGUGGGCCGUGCUGAAUCAAGCAAGCCAGGCCAGAACAGAACAUCGCGCACGGGCCCCGACGAACGGCCCAAGCCCAACCCAAAACGCCUCGAGCUUCCCGAGCUGCCUCUCAUCCAGUCAACCGCCGCCACCGCGAGCCUCGGCCGCCGCCCGCCGGGAGCAGGACCACCACCAGCAUCGACCGCUUCGGCAUCCAGGACGACGAUGCCGGCGGGGUCGCGCGGAUCCGUGCGUGCCUUCCACUCUUCUUCUCCUUCCGCACUGGGUACAACCUGACCUGCUCAACUGAUUUGGGGACCUCAACAUCCGCACUGCCGCCUUGUUCUUGCCUGGUGCUAGCACCUCCACAUUGUCAGGGCUGCUGACCAGUGAGUAGAUAAUUCGCUGCCGAAUAUCAUCCUUCAUUCAGCAAAAAACUUGCUAAGAAGGGCAGGGCUUCAGUUGAUUGGCAAAAUGACAUUCAAGCACUUUGGUAUUUCUAUCUUUGAUUACAAGAGCCUGUGCUGGGCCAAUGACAUGCAACAUGAGCUGAAAGACUCAGGGAAUCAUGAACUUUUAAUUCGGAGGACAGAGUAUGGCCUCUCUUUGCCCCUGUUAAGGGAGUGUGGUUUGUUUUUCUUUUCCUGGUCACUCGAGCAGUAGGGUCUCAAAAUUUUGUAUGUGGCUGUGAUGGACUUUAGUUGAACAUAACAUCUAUGUUAUGGGUGGUCAACUAGGCUUAUUGGGCCAUAUGGGCCCAAGUAGAGUACCAUUCAAGUUUACUGUACCCGGAAGGGUUUGCCUGCACAUCUGCCUUUUGGUUACUGGCUGUGUGCACAAACUGCAUUUCUAGUAGCAAUUUUUGAUAUCGUGUAUGUCAAUGUAGUCAAAUUGUGAUGAUUUCGGAAUUUACGAUUAUAUAUGCAUGUUGUUUGUUUGUGGUU